UUCUAAGUGGUGCUGUUCGGGAAGUCUGCCGGAUGGGGGUCUCUAUGGCUUUAGAGGUCCUGGUUUAUCUUGCUGUCUUGGUUUGGACUUGUGCUUGGGACAUUGACGUGGAUGUAAGUUGUUCUCAGGACUGGAUGACGGUCAGUGUUAGUGCGUUUUCCCAGAACAAAAGAAAUCCAUAUAUUUUUGCUGAUGAAUUAUAUCUGGGACAGAACUGCCGUGUAACUCAAAUACACGCACAUCAAUAUGAUUUCAUAUACCCUGUUUCUCACUGUGGCAUCAGGACAAAGGUUAUCUCAAAUGAAAUCGUCUGUUUUGAAACCGAGAUGUACUUUCGUCCAAGGAAUUAUUGUUUGGAACUUCAGAUAGUCCCUUUGCAGUGUUCUGCCUCUCGGAAGUCUGUGUGGCUUAUGCCACUAUCUACUGAGGAGGAUCCAAAACCUGUUAAGAGUCCCUUUAUGACUGACUUUGAAGCUACACCAGAAGAGUUGGGGUUAUUAAAUGCUCACCAAGCUGCUUCCUCCCAGAAUAAGAGAUAGGGACAGUGCUGGCACCAGAGAUUUCACUGUAAGACAAACUUUUCUCUUUCAAUAAGAAAAAAAAUCCUGGCAUAAGCUUCUCCUUAGAGAUCUUAUUCCUAUACAUCAAUGAAAUAAAGGCUCAGCUUAUGAAG